CGCGCGCCGACAGCCGUGCGAGCAACAAGCGUCUCAAUUGGGCGGUCCCGAUUCCGUGGCGUGAGCGCGCGCGCGCGUAGCCAAGCAAGAGCGACCGAGUGCGUGGAACCCAAUUAGUCAUUACCCUAUCACCUAUAAAUAAUAUUCACCGCGGACCCGCCCCCUGGACGGUCCCCCUCGAAUCGGCCAUAAUCUAAAAUCUGAUUAUCUGCGCCGCGACCGCUCCACGGCGCAACACGUGGAGGCCCGAGUGUCGCGCGCCCCGCCUCCGCGUACGUCCGCAGUUAGAAGAGAGCGAAGCCGGUGGAUAGAGUGAACCGUCGUAGACUAGUUCGCGGAGUGGCCGCGAGGGCGCUGAGCAUCGGUACAUCAUCGGUAGGGACUCUCGCGACGUCGGUGCAGUCCAAGAGGCGGCGAGGCCGGAGUGCGCAGAAGGUAGUGGCUGUGAUGCGCGAGUGACGCUGCGCGAUGGAGUCUCCGGUGAUGUACGAGUCCGCGGCCCACCAGGCCCAGGGGGGCGGGCCGGCGGAGCUGAAGAAGUCCGCGCAGGUGCUGAACAACAACUCGGCGCUGCAGGUGAACCACAACCAGCAGGGGGGGCCGACGGGGGUGAGCAAGGUCUCGGCCAGCAAGGCGAGCCUGCACCAGCAGUACGCAGAGCAUUGCGCGGCCGCUGGGGAGCUGACGGAUCUGAACACCCCGGAGAUCUCGUUGGAUCUGCAGCACCUGAUCGACGACUCGCACUUCAACGAUGGGCUCCUGGACAUGCUGGGAGGCGCGGCGGCGGCCGCAGCUGCGGCCAACGGGGCGGUCAAGCACCCUAGGAACCCCAUGGGCUACCCACGCACCACCCUGGCCUACAUGCCUCAGCCGGUCCACAGCGGAGCCAGCUACCACCAAGGGAGCAACAGCUGCAGCGACAGCAACAGCUCCAGCUCGGAGUCGCCUAGCAUUAAGGAGGAGCCGUUGGACCCCGCGGAUUACAGACGGCACUGCCCCCAAUACCCUCCAGGAGGCUAUAACCCUGCCAACGGCGGAGCGUUCGCCAAUGGUGGACCCACCUUCACCACCCUGACGCCCUCCACCGUGCCAGGCGGCCACUCCGGGGUGCACCAGCCACCUAGGGGUGGCGGACCCAUGAAGCCCAGCGUCAUGGCGCACCAGCACCACGCCGCGGCUGCCGCGGCCGCUGUCGCCAGGAAGCAGACCAAGGCCAUCGACAAGGCCAGCGACGAGUACCGCAGGAGGCGCGAGAGGAACAACAUUGCCGUCAGGAAGAGCAGGGAAAAGGCCAAGGUCCGCUCCAGGGAGACCGAGGAGAAGGUCAAACUGUUGGUUAAGGACAACGAUCUGCUGAAGAAGAGAAUCGAGCUCCUCACCGAGGAACUCAACGUCCUUAGGACCCUCUUCAGCAGCGUCGGGGUCGUUCCGGAGCAGCUUCAUCGGGAAAUCUCCAGGCAUCUAGACCAGUUCCAGCAGCACGCCGUGGGACCCAUGUAGCAGAGGUUGUCCAAGACGCCUCUCGGAACUUAUGCCCAUCCUAAGGGAAUUCGGCUGUGAUUUGGCCCAUGCGUAACUUCCGGGUCCCUGUUCCGAAACCCUCCCAUCGGGAGUUGGUUCUUUCGCUCGGCUCGUUGUUAGAUCGGGUUUCCCCGAUUCUAUGGGGGAUCGUUUUAUCUGGCUUUGGUCCGAUGAACCUUUAUAAGGCCGUGCGAGAGCGCACUCCGCGAAAGAUUCCUAAAUUGACUACGACGUCCGAAAUUGACUUUUAACCCGAAGACUGGUUGGGAUAGUCGCUAUGAGGCGUGCUGGGAUGGUACGACCUAAUGCGUAGUUAGAUCAUGGUCGAGACGUUUACGCGACCUUUGCUACGGAAUUCAACCUUUUGUUGUACCAUUUCUCUUUGCGGCACGUGGUUAGAGUUUGACGUUUCGAUCGAACCCUUUAUUUCACAGAAUCAAGAUUCGGAGAUCCGAUCCAUCCGAUCAGGUCCGGCAUUCGGGUACUCUUGAUUCUGUCUGGAUGUUCACAUGACAAGAUCUGCUUCUCGUAUGUUUUAAUCGGGCAAGAAAUGUCUCUUUUAACAUUAGCGACAGAGGGAAACGCUUUUAAUAGGCAGUACAUAUGAAUCCGAUAAAUGAGAAACACGUGGCUCGUGAUGCAAAGUUAUGCUAGACAUCUGUUUGGUAUAAAUUUCCUUCAUCAGCGAAGAACAUGCACUGAGAGCAUUCCUCUGUCUUUAAUGCCAAACGCAAUUGUGGGAUACAAAGUCAUGUGAACUUUUGCUAUGAUCAGCGAUGACCCAAACGUUGGGUCGCAAAAGGUUCAGUUCCAAGGCUCGGUCGGAAAUGUGUACGGUCGACUCUGAAUUUCUUUGCCCCAUCAACCCAUUUCCCAGUCAAAGGGUUACUGUUUGGCAAUAGGCGGAAGUGGUGGCCCGGAAGGACGGGGAACACAGCCGAAACCCGAGGGACGAUCGAGUGCAAACACACAGUGCCUUCCCGUCCUCGCGAGGAACUCUAUCGGGAGUCUGAUCGAGGGGAGACGAGAAAUCUUUUGUGCAGACGCGGGACUGGAAACGCGCAAGAAGAAGGCACCAUGGAUCUAAAAAGAAACGGAUGGAGAGUAUCGCUCGCGGGUGAAGCACGAGACGUAAGGGGAGGGGAACGACUGGCGGCCAUCUUUCGUUGCUAACUGUCGCGCUUCAAACGAAUAUAAAUUGAAUUUGAUGUACAUGAGUUAACGUCGUCAUUUGCAAUUCUUCUCUCUUUGGGGACGACGCAACGAACGCAGUUUCACGAUCCUUAGGCCUUUCGGCAGGCGCUUCGUCGUUGUUCAAUAAGACAAACGCCAAAGUGUACGUAGCACGUAUACUUCGGUCGCUGCUGUUAAAUGCGACUUUAUACGCGUGUAAGUAGCAAAUUGGGAUGGCUGCGGUAUUUGGGGUUGGUAUCUAUCUCUACUGUUCGUCCCUUUAUUCCUAGAUCCAUGGAAGGCACCCACGUGGGCCGCCAUUUCGUGAUCUCUACGCCUCGUGAAAGGGUCCACGCACGCGACAUGCCGACGAGAUGACGGCGGCACGACUUUGUUUUCUUCUAACUUCUUUAGUACCUAACCACGCUCUGUCGGCACGUAUUAUAAGACUGAGGCCGCCUCGCACGGGAAUCUCCCAUUCCCUAGCGACCGCCUCCUAUCUUCGGGACUCAUUGUCAGUACGCGCAGGUGUGAACGCUACCAGCCAAGCCUACGGCUUCGGGAACACCAAACUGGCCGCCUUUUAUCUGCGAUCCGAAAAUUUGUAUUUGGAGCCGUUCGUUCAAUCGCCGUUACCUGAUCACGACUGACCACUAGUAGCGAUUAUAUCUUAAUGUUUUCGGUUAAUUAAUCGAGCGGUACCGCCUUUUUAUAUCCGCGGUUGACGCGUUAAAUUGGUCGCCAGGCGGCAGACCAGGUGCAAGCUGGGCUCGCGGCUUUCGUGUAGAAUUUCUCGGCUUUCUAGCUGGACCUUUCGAUCGCAGGUCGAGCUUGCAGCUAUGUCUCGUUAUCCUCAACUAAUGUUUCAGCAACGACUGAUAAUUAGCGUAAUCUUUCAAUACUUCUGGCGGUACAGCCCCGAUUUGGGGCGCUCAGCAAGACUACCUGGUACCGCGUGCGGGUUAUUUGUAACACUCUCAAAGUGCAAUUCUUAUCUUUUUCCUUCUUAAUAUCGAAGCUCUAUAUUUUAUUUCUAGCAGAAUGUUAGGGUCGAUCCGGAGCUGGUUUUACGUAUUUAUUGUCGGGUAGUUUGGCGAUUACUGUUGCGGUAAACCGAUUGAGCGAUAGCACCAGAUCUUCGCGGCUGAAUUGUCCGUUUGCAUCGUGGGGACUACGGGAUUGUACGGUGGACUUUUGAUGCGUCGCUCUUGUUUUUUAUGGGUUCCCAUGAAAUGCCGGUUUACACCUUUGUUUAUACGCAACACGUGGUCGGAUAGGGUGUGAACGCUCCCAGGCAAGACUGGAGGUCGGGGGGCGGGAACUGCGGGGAAACUGAUGCUCAAAUCUUCUCAACAGUGCUGAUUGCCGUAUCAACGAAUCUUGAUUCAGGUGGAUGCACUCCAUUCACCUGAAUCAAUCUUCCUCCAAUGAUAUCUACAAAUAUAAUUAAAUUUUAGCUUAAAUAAAGCCUUUGAACCGCGGGUCGACGUCCUAAUCAUCUAGUUAUGUCAGGGUAACUUCUGAUCUUCCUAAAAGAACCUCUCUUAUAUCCAGGGAAUUUAGGUUAGGGUUCCUCAAAUGUACUAAAUCUUCAUAAAAUUGCCGAUCCACCUAGAUGAUCAUCGGAUCAAAUCCUAACAUCAGAUUACAUUUGGUCCAUCACGUCUACUAGACCCAGGAAACCCAAUUCGAUUCGUAGUUAAACCAUGUAAAUUAUGUUUUAUUAUUCCGUUCCGUCUAAAUGCUAUCGUUAUCAGAACCGACCGCCAUUAAAUUUGGAACAAUAUGAACUUGCGAGCAAGACGAAUCCCCGUUGUUCAUCCCCAUUCGACACCCACCACUCCAGAACCGAUCGCGUUAAGGUGGAUCGCUCCACUUUGGAAUUUCAUUACUCGAGUCGCAAAGAUGUUUAAAAAAAAAAAAAGAAAAUGAAAAUUGUGACCAGGAUCGAUCCCGAUUACCGCGGACCCUUAUCAGUGGCUCGCCGAUUACUAUCUCGCUCAUUGUUACGCUAAAUCAAUCGGACUUGCGCGGCUGGACAUGCAGGAUCGCCGGAGACUAUGCGAUUGGCUAGCCUACUAUCGACAUAUCUCGCAGUACUCUCGAUGUAUUUAUCGUUGUCGCGGAUAUCGCGCGACCUCGCGUCGCGUUGUAUCCUGAAGAGCCACCCACGGGUAUACACCAUUGUUCAUACGUAACACGUGCUCGGCCACACACACGAGUGCGGCCGACUCGCAUCGUUGUACGCAACCUUGUAUUAUAGCUAUUAUUAAUUUUAUUUUAACCGAGAUGUACGUAAAGUUAAUAUAUUUUGUUUAAAGAGAGAGAGGGAGAGCAUGAGCUGAGCGGAAUGUUGGUCGCUUAGGAGGAACGAGUGAAAGAAAGCGAAUGAGAGAUCCACGUGAGCGCGGGUACAGGUGGGUGUGUGGACGGUUGGGUGUGCGUGUGUCCGUUUAGAUUAAUUUGCGUAUAUAUUUUAUUUAGGAAACGCGUUUCGAGAGACUGCACGUGUGUGCCGAUGUUCUACGAGGACGGCUUUGCCGAUGUCCGCAAUAGACAAGUUACCGUUGACGUGUGAAGCGGGCUUCAUUGUUCAUUCGAUUGUUGAUAGUUGCGAGCCGGUCGGUUUAUAUAUAUAUAUAGAGAGAGAUUUAUUAUUAUAUAUAGUGAAUUUUUGUUCGUUGUCAUGGAAUCGGUAUGAAAAUGCGAGGUAGGAAUGGUAGAUGCACGAAUGUGCGCGUCUGGCUGGGAUGCGGUUGAAUUGUAUGUGUGUGGUUGAGCGUGUGGUAUGCAUGUAGGGUAUGAGAUUACCUGUCACGGUUGUCUUCUUGUCUAUGCACAAAUAUAUUUUGAUAUAAAAUUUU